AGGGGACGUCGCGUCGCCGCGCCGGGUCUCUAGCAGCUGCCGCCGAGCCGCCGGACGGACGCUCGUCUUCGCCCGCCAUGGCCGAGAGCGACUGGGACACGGUGACGGUGCUGCGCAAGAAGGGCCCUACGGCCGCCCAGGCCAAAUCCAAGCAGGCUAUCUUAGCAGCACAGAGACGAGGAGAAGAUGUGGAGACUUCCAAGAAAUGGGCUGCUGGCCAGAACAAACAACAUUCUAUCACCAAGAACACGGCCAAGCUGGACCGGGAGACGGAGGAGCUGCACCAUGACAGGGUGACCCUGGAGGUGGGCAAGGUGAUCCAGCAGGGUCGGCAGAGCAAGGGGCUUACACAGAAGGACCUGGCCACGAAAAUCAACGAGAAGCCACAGGUGAUCGCGGACUAUGAGAGCGGACGGGCCAUACCCAAUAACCAGGUGCUGGGCAAAAUCGAGCGGGCCAUCGGCCUCAAGCUCCGGGGAAAGGACAUUGGAAAGCCCAUCGAGAAGGGGCCUAGGGCGAAAUGAACACAAAGCCUCGAAAUCAGUGCGCUCCAGCUGAUCUCGUUCCGCCGGUUCCCCUUGGCUGCCAGCACCGCCGUGGGUCUCCUCACGGGCCAAACGGAACAAGGGGUCCAGCUUGUGGGGGACCCUCCCCAGCCCAUUCCUGCUGUCAAACAAACAAAACCUUGCAAAGCG